AUGUCUGCAAACUUGGUGCCAAUGGUGUAUCCUCUUUUUUUUCCAAGGGGUGAACCAGGUUGGCAUAAUAGGAUACCUCAUGUUGCUGUACGUGCAACCCGUACUCGCAACACUACUACAAUGUUGCAGUAUUAUACUUACCGUUUAGCUGCUCGGGAAUAUUUCAGCCCGAUUCAUUAUGGUAAGAAAUUGUUUCAGCAGUAUUGUGUUGAUUCUUAUGUUAAAGUUAAAGGUAAUAAUUUAAAUUACAUUCGAGCAAAUCAAACCAACCUUCGUGUUGAUAGUUAUGAAGGUUUAGCUGACCAUUUGAAUGCACGAGCUGAAGAGCGAGGCCUUCAACCAGGUCGUAUUGUUGUUCUUCCUUCGAGUUUUCAAGGAAGUCCACGUGCCAUGGCUCAAAACUAUCAAGAUGCUAUGGCAGUUAUUGGUAAGUUUGGAAAACCUGAUUUUUUUCUGACUUUUACGUGCAAUCCAAAAUGGCGUGAAAUUACAGAAAAUUUGUUUGCAGGCCAACGUGCACACGAUCGGCCUGAUUUAGUUUCUCGAGUUUUUAAAUUGAAACUAAAUGAACUCCUUAAAGAUGUUACUGAAAUGGGAGUUCUAGGUAAGACUAUAGCACAUGUGUAUGUUAUAGAAUUUCAAAAGAGGGGUUUGCCUCAUUGUCAUUUCUUAAUUCAUUUAGAUCCCAAUGACAAACUUAGGGAUGCAGAUGUCAUAGACAGUGUUAUUUCAGCAGAAAUUCCUAAUCAACAGGAACACCCUGAGCUGUUUGAAAUUGUACGAUCGUGUAUGAUUCUUGGACCAUGUGGACAUCUGAAUCCUAAUUCCAGAUGUAUGGAAGAUGGUGUUUGCACAAAAACUUUUCCAAAGAAAUUUUUAGCAUCUACGGUAGCUGAAGUCAACGGAUAUUCAUUAUAUAGACGUCGUGAUACGUAUUGA